GUGUGUUCGUGUGUGUCCGUGUGAUUGUGUGCGUGUAGUCGGGAGGGGAAUCUCUGUUAAAACUCGCAGGAUUUACUCUCUGCCAUUUUGGAGCAAACCGGCGGACAUCAGGAGCGGAGCCGAGGAGUCAUGACCUGGACCAGUGAACUUCGUCUGUGACUCCGUAAGGGACGUUUUUGGAAGUGCGGGAUAAUUAAUCCAGCAAAGGAGGAGGUGUUUUUUUUUUUGGGACCGGACACCAGUCAUCUACAGCCAUGUGUUCUACCAAUCAUUCAAACUGGGUCACGUUUGAAGAUGACAACACACCCCUCUCCUCACCUCAGAAGCCCCUACAGGCACCAGGCCUUAUCAAAGCCUCUGUACCGCGUCCCAAUGGCCUGAAAUUAGUGCUUCCUCCAAUCAGAGACACUUCCUGGAGCUUCAGUCCUUCCCUGGAAUCUCCUCAAAGCCACUCAAGUCUUAGUGGAAGUUCCUCUGUACCAUGUAGCACACCCUUUAGCACUCCUGUAAGUGGGGCACCUAGCAGUGUGUCCCCGCUUCCCUCCAACACAUGGGAAAAGAACGACUUCCUCCGGCUUUUGUCCAGCGCUUCGACCACUUCUGCCCCUUCUCCUGCACCAGAGACCUUAAAUCAAACCUCAGAUGGACCAAGACCAUUUCCUUCUUUCCAGGGGAACUCAGGACACUAUAACCCUUUCUGGGAUGGAUCUAGACACAGUGCAGAUGUGGACAGUUCCUCUUCUGACUCAGAAUGUGACAACAGCCUACCACGUUUCUUUAUUCGGACCAAAGACGGCCAGGAGCCUCCACGUGACCAGCUCCAGAGCUCCUUCUCCUAUGUUUGCCACAAACUAGAAGGCUUACGAGCACAAACGGACAAUGAAAUUGACACUGAAAAAGAUGGGGAGAGGCGUCUAAGUUGCACAACUGAGGUGUUAAGGGAGGACUCAUCUCAUUUUGUUCCUCGGGGUCUGUAUCGCACACAGAAGAGAGACGGCUGGUCUGUCAUGCUCAGGAUCCCUGAAAAAAAGAACCGUAUGUCCUCUCGACAGUGGGGGCCGAUCUACCUCCGCCUGUUGCAGGGUGGUGUGCUGCAAAUGUACUAUGAGAAAGGGCUAGAGAAGCCAUACAAGGAGUUCCAGCUUCUCCCACAGUUUAGGCUCUCGGACCUUAAACUCGAAAGCUACGGCGAGCCCCGCAAAGUCCUCGCAGUCAAGGUGGAGCAUUUCUCCUACGUAGAAAAGAAACGCUAUCACCCGAAGUUGGAGGUUAGUCAUGAGGCAGAGGUGGAGCAGCUUCUCAAGUUCGGCUCCACGGUGCACGAGGACAUAGAGGACCUGGUAGUCACCAUGGAAGAGGAAAUCUUUAAACUGUGUGUACACCAUCAGCAGAGGCGGCACUACGAGGAGCAGGAGCUGUCAUUGCAGAUCACUGAUCAUAUCUGGGUACAACUGGAUAAGUCGGGAGGAGUCAUAGAGCGGACAGGAUUCACCCAGAUUCACUGCCUUGCUUUUCUGAAUGGAAUAGGGGAUUGUUUUCUUGCCCUUAAUGAUCUCGGGCUACUGCGCUCUAACUCCAGCUACGGGUCGGACGAGGGCAGCGAACUCUGGAUGGAGAUUGCCGACUGUCAUUUCCACAAAUGUGUGAAUGAGACAGAGUUUUUGAGGUCCCGACUGGUAAAGUUCUCGCCUCCUGACGCGUGCCGAGUGGAGCUGAUGCGGUACAAGACGACCACUCUGGGUUGCACAGAAAUUCCUUUCUCAAUCAAAGCUGUGGUCACAGUUCAAGGUGCCUAUGUGGAGCUCCAGGCCUUCCUCAACAUGUCGGCAAGCUUCCUCUCGUCUGUACGGGGGUCUGAACGGUACCCACUGUGUGAGAAUGUAGUGAUCCGCGUGCCGGUGCCAGGCGACUGGGUCAAGGUGACACAGACGGUGGCCUUGCUGCGACAGAGGUCACUGAAAGCCCGUAUGAACAGAAACGCCUGCUUGGGCUCUGUCAGCAGCACAGACUCGCAACCUGUCAUGCAGGUGUCCAUCGGCACUGUCAAGUAUGAGAAUGUAUAUUCAGCCAUCGUGUGGAGGAUCGAGAGGCUGCCAGCUAAAAAUAUGGCAGUGGAUCAUCCCCAUUCCUUCUCCUGCAAGCUAGAGCUGGGAUCUGAUCAGGAGAUCCCGAAUGACUGGUACCCGUUCGUCACGAUGGAAUGUGAAAUAAUGGGAGCAGUGGUGUCACAGACCAGGGUGAAGUCUCUGGGCACUGCGAACGACAUCCAGCCGCAGAAACAUCUGACCAGCUGGACACGCUAUCACUGUCAGGUGGAAGUGGAGAAGAAAUGGAUCGAAACAGAGCCAGAGAGGCAGUCUGGCUGUAUGACACAGUGAGGAUUAGAGAAGCUCUGAAGACGACGUUAUCCUUUUGGUCUACGACAUUUCCCACAAUCGUUUUGUUCGUCAAAAGGGAUAACAACAAAAAAAAAACAAGAACAACAGGGUGAUGAGGGACUUUCUGCUUAUAUCCGGUGUCGCAUUCGUCUAAUUACACAUAGCCUGGUAAUCCAUUUUGUAUCCUUUUCAUUGAGACUGAAUUAGUCUAGACCUAAUCAAAACUUUAACAUUGUCAUUUUACCUAGCACUUUACAUGUAAUAGAUUAAUUAAUUGUAAGAUUACAGUUUAUAUGAGUACUGUAUAUAAGCUUGCAUUUGCAUCAUCUGCACUGCUCUCCAGAAUGAUUGGCAACAAAGGUUUGCCAAACAGACUGAAUGAGAUAAAAGGCAUCAGUAAUGAGAAAUAUUCACUGUGUGUUUAGAAAAACAAAUUGCCAGCAGAGGUUUAGGGUGUGGCAUGACCUAGUUACAAACAAGUUCAUUUAGGUACGACUCCUAUGUUUCUACUAAAUAAAAAAUUUUCAGAAGACACGUUUACAUGGAAACCAAUAUUUCAUCAUUUACCAUAUUCAGACAAUAGUCUGAAUUAGACUUUGCCAUGUACAAAAUGUUUGGAAUUACCUUUACCUGAAUAAGAUCAUACUUGGGACAUAUGAAGCAUUCUAACCUUGCUCGCAUUAUAAAGACAACAAGCAGUAGGACGAAAUGUUGACAGGAGUCAAAAUCAGACCAGGCUCAGUAACGUGUAAAUGACGAUAUAAAUAAAGUAUUCUAUUAGCAACUCAUAAACAUCAUAAUGAUAGUAAUGUCCUAUUCAGGAUAAAGUUAAGUCAGAAUAUUGCUCUCCAUGUAAACAGUAGUAGCAUGAUAGUUUUGAUUAAUGUGCCUUAAGAGUCAGUAACUUGAGACACACACACAAGUUAAUAAAAGUUUUGCCAAACUGCAAGUUCAUUGGAUACAAAAUAAUUAAAUAUUUCGAAGGGUAACUAUUUAGCUUUUGCCAAAUAUACACAAAGUGCACUUACAAAUUGAAACAGUUAUCCAGACAUUAACAAGACUGAUUAACCUGCAGUAUGUCCCACCUUUUGAGUGGUUUUAGUAAAAGUGUUCAUAGUAGCAGCUAUACACAAAUGUUACUGUGCAAAAAUUCUAUGCAAGAUAGGAUUCUGAUAUAAUUACUGUGGGUUAGGAUUUUUUUUUUUUUCUUCACAUGAAUACAACUCAUUACUUUGGUUGCUUACCUCGAGCUGACCGUUGAUUUUAUACCAAGGUUGUAUCUCUGGAGAACUGUUAUUUAAACAAAUCAAAUCUUUAUUAUGUGAUCUUUCUGCUCUGGGUUGUGAAUAGGUUGAAUGGAAAAAAAGUGGUGAAAGUUUGUGGUGAAAAACAAGGCCUUUCAUUGAUGACAUGUAUGUAUGAGGUACCUGGCUUCAGCUGGAUAUUAUGUACAUCAAGAUAAAAAAUUGCAAUAAA